AUGGCGGACGUGCGAGCACCCAGACCGUCCACCGACGAAGAGACGGCCCCGCUCCUCCAGAAUGCCUCCCAUCCCGACGAUGCUCCUGCGGAACAAGGCGAAGAACCCUCAUACCUUGACCGCCUUGCCGCCAUCGUGCAGGAGCCUUUGUCUCCGCUGACAAAACUCUUGCUUAUCGCUACUCUUGUUUUCCUACUCCUGAGCUCCGUCUUCAUCGGUCUUUUCGCCGGUGCGCAACACAAGCUGAACAGCGGCGAAGGACAUGGACGGUCGACUGUCACGGUGACGUCUACGGCUACGACUACCGCGACUACCACCUCGCAGGCUACUACCACCGCCGUAACCACCACCACAGUCUCAGUCCCUCUCCCGGGUCCGACGGUCCCUCCCGAGGAGCCUGUAUGCCUGUCACCCUCGUGCAUCAGCCUCGCCUCCUCCGUGCUUUUGGGCAUCGACGAAUCCGAGGACCCCUGCGAGAACUUCUAUGACUUCGCCAACGGCGGAUGGCUCAAAGCCAACCCCAUUCCCUCCGACAAGGGCAAGUUUGGCCACUUUGAAGAGAUCGCCCAGCAGAACAAACGUCUGCUUCAGCAGAUCCUCUCCGAGGACUCCUCGUUCCACUUCUCCGAGGCGUCGUCCCUUACUGCAUCCAACCCAUACGAUGAACAGUUGCUUAAGAAGCUUCGUGGCCUCUAUGACUCGUGCAUAGACGAGGACUACCUCAACGAGGUUGGCGAGGCACCUUUGAAAGAAGUCACGGAUAAGAUCCGCCAACUCUUCCACGGCAAGACGACUGUUGUAGACCACUUUGAGCCCACCCCGGAGAAGGAGAGGGAAAGGCUGACAGCUACGGUUGCAUACCUUCACUCGCGUGGUAUUGGUGGCCUGUUCUCCUACGUUAUUGACGGAGACGUCGGGAACGACCCCAACUUCAUGACACUCUGGAUAAGCCAGCCUGAUCUGGGUCUUCCCUCCAAGGAGUAUUAUGAGGAAGAGUCUAUUGUCGACCUAUAUCAGAGCACACUGCAGCGCCUCCUCGUGACGCUCGAUAAUGAGGACGAUGCGCUUUUGCCAGAAGAACUCACAGAAGAGGAGACGCACAAGCUGGUCGUUCACGAGGAGCGUCUUCGAGUCUGGCCUCCUUGGCCCUGGCCGCCUUGGGGUGAUGACGACGAUGGGGACAAGGACAGCCCGAAAGAGAAUCGCACCGAGCGUGCACACAGGCUCGCGAAGGCCGUGAUCGAGUUCGAAAAGCGAAUUGCGAACGCGAGUCUCGACCUCGACGUCUUGUACCAGGAUCCGGUUGCAACCUACAACCCCGUCCCUUUCAAGAUCGUCAGCGACUCUCUCCCACAGUUCGACUUCUCGACGUACUUCUCCGCUUUCGUCCCGCGCAACUUCCCCUCGACGAUCAUCCUCACCUCUACGACGUACCUCCCGUCCCUCUCGGCUAUCUUGAACGAGACGGAUCGUGACGUGCUCGAGGCGUACUUCGUCACUCGCGCCGGGCUCGAGUACGCGUCGUAUCUGGGGCUCGACACCGAGGCUUGGAAGGCCGUGCGCAGCCUCAACGAGGUGCUCAAUGGGAUCAAGAAGGGCGCUGUCGGCGACCGCGCGGAGUACUGCGUGUCCCAGGUGGAGAAUGCGUUGGGCUUUGCGCUGGGAAGGUACUUUGUGAGGGAGACGUUUGGCGGGGAAUCGAGGAAGGUCGCGAGGAAGGUCAUCACCGACAUCAUCGGGGCUUUCAAGCAGUCGCUGAAGAAGCUCGAGUGGAUGGACGAAGAGAGUGCUGCCGCCGCUGCCGGAAAGGCGGACGCACUGCGCGUCAAGGUCGGGUACCCGCUCUCGCCCAACACCGAGGACCCUCGCUCUCUCGCUAGCUACUAUGCUCGCGUUAAAAUCAACAACGACACGUUCUUCGAGAACAUCCUUAGUGCCGAGAUCUCUGAGCAAGUCCGCACAUGGUAUCAGAUCGGGAAGCAGCGCGACCCCCUGUCUUGGGAGAUGUAUGCGUCUACCGUCAACGCGUACUUUAAUCCGCCCGCCAAUGAGAUCGUCUUCCCGGCCGGUAUCCUCCGGCCUCCAUUCUUCCAGGUUGACUGGCCUGGCUACAUAAAUUACGGGUCGUUUGGACACGUCGCUGCUCAUGAGCUCACACACGCGUUCGAUUCGGCAGGCCGGCUGUACAACCAGGACGGAAAGUUGGAAGAGUGGUGGACGAACACGACGAGCGAAGGCUUCAACGUCCGUCAGAAGUGCAUCGUGGACCAGUACUCCAACUACACGGUCGAUGAUGGCAAGGGCGGCAAGAUCCACGUCAACGGCAAUCUCACUUCUGGCGAGAAUAUCGGCGACAGCGGUCUCAUCCAGGCGUUCCGAGCUUGGAAGGCGCAGUACAGUGAAGAUACCGAGGUCCUUCUUCCUGGGUUGAACUACACUCGCGAGCAGCUAUUCUUCAUCUCGUUCGCCCGCAGCUGGGGUCAGAACAUCAAGCCUGAGGCUGCCGUCGCAAGAGUACGUACAGACCCGCAUUCACCCAACCGCUACCGCGUGGAUGGCACCGUCUCGAACAUCCCGGAGUUUGCAGCAGCGUUCAACUGCUCGCCGAAGGCGAAGCUCAACCCUCCACAGGAGAAGAGGUGCCUCUUUUGGUGAAGGAGACGACAGGAAGGAGGAGAUUGUACAACAUCGACGCUAUUUAUGCAACAGACUGAAUACACUACACACGUGCAUUAGUGGCUCUUGAUAGAUGACGGCCGCUCUACGUGAGCCAGUCAAUACAUCAGUCUCCGGCCGUCAAUAUCAGUCCAUUUCGGCGAGGUACAUGUCAUGGCCACGAGGGAACGACAAUGAUACUGCCGAAAGGGUCGGCAGAGUGGGCUCGGUGUCCUGUGUGCCGAGCCCGUGCAAAUACAGGAAGAAGCGAGAGACAAAGACGGGGAUUAGG